AUGGGACUCGAUGGCUGCCGAAAGCCAGACGAUGACAAACCUCAUCCCGCGUUUGCUCAAGUUCGAGGCAUUGUCGGCUUCAAUGUCAGGAUUGUCAAUCGACAACAAUGCGGCGCCGGCGGCGCUACCGGCCAUCGCAAGGCCGAGUGUCCAACGCUCAAAUCGGAUGGCGCGAGUGCAGGAGCAUCGUCGAUGGCUUUCACGAGUGAUGACCUGUUGAUGGUGUCUCAAGACGACAAAAAUUUGGCUGAUGUGUGGUUCGCGGAUACCGGCGCGUCGCAUCACAUGACGCCUCGGCGUGAGUUGAUCAAAGAUUUCGUGGCGAUUAACGAUGACUCAGUACCAAUCACGGUCGGUAACAAAGAGGUAGUGUACGCGCGCGGACGCGGAGUGAUCGUCGCUGAUUUCGAUGUCGGUAACGAGACGAUAACACACACACUCGCUAACGUGUUGUACGUCCCUGACUUGGGAAAGAACUUGUUCGGUAUCGGCUCGUCGACGGAUCGCGGGACGGUCGCGACAUUCGGCAAAUUCGAAAUGACGCUCAAGAAAGGACAUCGGAUUCUCGCGACGGGUUAUCAACCGGGAAGUGGCAUUUAUCGAAUGAGAAUGCGAGCGCUCUGGAGUGCGGAAGCCAACAUCGCAAGCUCGAAAACGGUUCCGGCCAGCGUAUGA